UUAAGAUGGCUGCCGAAAGUGACUUCCUGCUCCGCUACCGAGCUGUCUCGAAUAAACUGAAAAAGCGUUUUCUUCGGAAGCCAAAUGUUGCAGAAGCAAGUGAACAGUUUGGUCAGCUGGCCAAGGAGCUCAAGCAACAAGACUGUCUCCAGUAUGCAGCUUUUUGUAACUUGGCAAUGGCACGCUGUGAGCAGACACUAUUCAACGCUCCUGGCGAGGCCUUGUCCCUGACUGAAGCUGCACGUCUCUUUAUGGAAGCUGAGCACGAAACAUACAGACUGAGAUGCCCAGGUUUUGAGGAGCAUCUGCAAGCUGCCAUCAACUGUUACAGUUUUGCUAUCAAGGUGUAUGUUGAAGUUAAUCAGCCAGUUAUGGCAGCUAGUCUGUGUUUGGAACUGGGAAAUGCUCUGAAGGAAAUGAACAAACCUGCGGAAGCCAUUGUGUAUUUCCAAAGGGCUGCUGAACUCCAGGUUCAAGUUCCCAUUGAGUGCUUGCUUUCACUGGGAUAUGCGGCAUCCUGUAAAAUACUGACACGUGAUUAUGAUGGAGCGCUAUCCUUAUUCACUGAAAUGCAAUUCAUAGCCCAGGAAAGAGGACUUCAUGUAUCUGGUAGCAGUACUCCAGUUGGGGCCUUUUUAGACAUUGUGGCGCGCUGUGAGAUUUCCAGAGUCUUGCUGCUUCUGCUGUUACAGCCACCCCCUCAAAAGCUGUUGCCGGAGCAUGCACAGACUUUGGAGAAAUACGACUGGGAAUCCUUUGACAGCCACAGUCAAGUGACCUUUCUCCCAGAAAAUGUGUUCUUGCUGUUGCAGUCAGUAGUGAUGGCCUGUCAAGAAAAAGAUGUGGACUCACUAAAAUCACUGCAGACAGAAUUAUGGGCAUUGCUCACUCCAGAACAGAAUCACCUUCUGCACUUGGUUGUGCUGGAGCGGAUCCAACCUUCUGGCCAGGGUGUAUAGCUGGAUGAUCACUCUGAAUGAAGAGUGCAAUAUUUGACUUUUGAACACUCCUCUUUUCAUGCUUAUGUGGCGUUUGCAUAGAUGAGCCCUGGACUUGUUCACUCUCAAAUGUGUGUUCGGUCAUUUAACAUACAUGCUUACCUUGGGAAGUGCUAGUAGGAGAAAGCAAAGCAAAUUACCUCCAUCUGGAUUACAGUUUCCUUAGUGAAAUGUGUUUAUAUGUUGACGGUCCAGUCAGUGUAUCACAUAGUGUACAAUGGAUUUGAGGAUACAGUCUUUUUUUUUCUUUCAUCUUUUUGGAUUUUCAUCAGUUGAUCAUCCUGUCUUAUGUUGUGGUUUAUUAAUUUAUAGUAAAGGAUUAUUUAAAAUUGA